CUUUUUUAUCAUUAUGCUUUUUAUGUGGCUUCCCUUUCUUUUUUUUCUUUUCGAAUCUUUUUUUAAUCAUAUCCAUGAUUUUUUGUGAAGGGAUUUUUCUUUACUUGCCCAUUACUCUAUGCGUCUGUUGUCUUUUCCCUCCCCAUCCUCUUCUUUCCCUCCUAACUAAUUACCCCCAUCCAUCCACACUUCCCUCUCAUCCUUACAUUCUCUCCCCCACACCCACACUAGCCUCGCCGAACUCUCCCUUUCUUACCCGACCAGACUCCAUCUGGAUUCUUCCUUUUUUCCAUCUCCUCCACUCUUCCCCCCUCCUCCACCUUCUCUCCCCCAGUCGCACACUUUGCUUACAUCGGGGGUUUAAUUUAAUUUCUCGUGUGCCCGAAUUCUCGCGCCUAUCGCAUUCGGUUUCAUUUUUCCCGUUCCCCGGCCGUCUACUACCUACGGCCACUCUCUUCCUUUUUGUACUCAUCCCACGCCCUCUCCACUCCAACUGGACUUCUUUGAUUUUUUUUCCUCUCUUUUUCUUUUUUUCGCCUUCCUUUCCUACACCUUCCCUUCUGCUACCAUCUUGCUGCGUUGGUUGAGAACAUCGCAAUAUCGCUGUCGCCAGCCUCUACUCCCACACCUAUUUCCUAACUGACCGACUACUUCCCGGCUUCAGACCUGACUCCCCUUGCGUGCUACCGGCAUCAGAACGCAAAGAUCCUACGCCAAUAAACAUCCUUCAAAAGAUCUCCCGUGAAAAGACCGGGCAUCGCUGUUGUCCCCCCUUGCAACCCAGACCGUCUGGCGUCUGGCUCGGAAUCCCGGGGAAA